AUGACCUUGGAAGAUAAUAGAACAGUCCAAUCACUAACUCAUCUUUUUGUGGAAUUAACUUCUUUAGAUGGUCUUAACUUUCCCACCUCUUCUUCUAAACGCAUAAAGUUCACAUGCAUUGCAUCGUCGACACGAUAUUUAGUAUUGGGCACUACAACAGGCACAAUAUAUGUUUUUUCUCGAUAUAGACAAAAAAGAUCUGGAGUUACUGGAUCUGCACUUCCACCCGUUGAUAUUUUUCUAAUAAAAGAUGGACCAGUCAAUACCAUCGUGGUCAGUUCUAAUGAACAGUAUAUCGGCAUAGGAAGUGAUAGUGGUCGAGUUUCUGUUAUCAACUUGACGGCCAAUGAGCAAAAAUCCGCCAUCAUAUAUUCUGUCCCUGGCGAUGCCAGGAAGCCGGACAAAGUUGGGGCAUUAUGCUGGACGAAAGAGUCAAAAAAUCUUAUAGCCGGUCAUUCUAGUGGGAUAGUCAAUUUGCAUCGCUUCGAUAGUCGUUCCGUUUUCCGUUCUAGUCAUGAUACCCUUUGCGAACUGACUGCCGAAGUGAUACAAAUGGAUACUAAUAGCUCUAAUAACUUAUUACUUAUAUCUACAACAGCUGCUAGUCAUAUUUAUGAUUUGGAAAAUAACACUGUCAUACAAGUUGGCAAAAAAACUAGAAACUCAAAAAUGGGAGCUUGCUUCUUGCACUCAGCUGAUCAGUCUUGCGGAGAUUUCGUGGUAGCUGCUAGACCGAAUGGUAGAGUGUGGGAGUGUAAUACGGUCGGAGUUGUAUACAGAACUCAUCAGCUGCGACUUUCUCCUUCUAUACCACGAUACAGUACAAUAUCAUUCCGAUCAUCUUUUGAAGGUCAACAAAAAGAAGAUGAGAAUAGUGUGUUAGAAUCUGCAAUUAAUAUGGAUGUAAACUUUGGGUUGUUAUAUAGAAUUAGCUGUGAUUCGAAAAGCCUAGCAUUAACAUGUUGUGGUUCAAAGUUUAUUGUUGCAGACCCUGAUAGUUCUCAUGUUGUACUGAUGACUGAUAUUCACGAAGACAUUCUUGAUGUUUCUGUUUUUGGCUCUGAUGUUUUCGUUCUUCUCUCUGGUUCCACAUUCUUAAAGAAGUUCAGCUUAUUGUCUUUAACCAAAGCAGCUGAAAAGCUCAAAGCUAGGAAUAGUUUUUCUCAAGCUGCUCAAUUGAUUAUUCAUACAAUUGAAAUGCCAGUGUGGGAAAAAUCGUUGAUUACUGAGAUAAUAGAAGGAUUGUCCAAAUAUAAUAAAAAGAACGAGAAUGAUUACAAACAGCUUAGAAACUCUUUACUUCGCGAUUUAUGCAAAAUUGGAGCAGUUUCUGCUUAUGAUAAUCUUCCACACAAGAAUGAGUGCUAUCCUACUUCCUCUCGUUUACCAUCGGGUAUUUACCGAGUCCAUUCAUCUAAUAUACCAGACGACCAUUUCGGCUCAUUUUUACCUUCCUCAAUGAGAGAACGCAGUGUGAGCAGCCCGAACUUCGAUCACGGCUCAUCAACUGCUUUAUUACAAAAGCGAGCAUCGAUGCCUAUUACCAACGAUGAAGUGCAGCUAUCUAACUCAGAAGCUUCUGAAAACGUUCGUGCUGACAUAUUGACGAAAGCCAGAGAGAUAUUGGAGACUGAUGGACAAAUUGCUGAAGUUGACUCGUUAAGGGUGUUACUUCAAUUGGAUCUAGUAACCAAUAAUGAUAUCCUACGAUUCGUUCCAACGGUGACAACAGCGAACGUAGCGAGAACACUAGCCGAGCUAUCCAUAUCUCCCCGUGUUGAUUUGCCACGUGUCACUGUUGAUCGCAAAGUGAGCGUGGGUAGAAUUAAAAGAUCCGGACCGACGAUUGUCAAACCAAUCAGACCUAACCAAAUUAAAAAGACUGGAUUUUCUCGGAAAUCAGCGAUUCAAAAUGUUGCAGUGGAGUCGUUUGCGGCAUCUCCCCACAUAGAACCUAAUUCUAAUUGUGUUAUCUCAAAAAAGGAAGUGGUCAUGAAUAUCGAUAUAACUAACGACCAUGAAAACAAUGAAGUGGAGAUAAUGGAAGGAGAUUGGCUUCAUAAUCGCUUGCAACAUUUAAAAAACGUCGAAGAACAAGCUGUCGCUCUUUCUCCUGAGCCUGCCCUGGUAGAACAUGCUUCUAGUCGUGAAGUUAUGAUCGACAAUACGAAUGGAUGUUUACGUUGCUCCGAAUGUGGGAUUCAUAAGUCAUGGAUUGCUGUGUCUUUACUUUCAUCUGUUUGUAAGAGAGUCAGAAUGGAAGAAGAUUUGUUUGAAAAUGGUGCUGUACCUUUCAAUUUUGAGCAAUGGAAGAUUGUGUUCAAGAAACAUCUCUCUAAAACAUCAGCUACCAUUUGUCCGAAAUGUGAAGUUUGUAUUGAAACUUCCAAGAAAAUUCCAGCGAGUGAACAUUUGUUGAUGUCCUCAAAUAGACCUAAAAUAUCCGGUGAAACUUUGAAAGAAAGGAUACUGGGUGGAGAUGAAAGCCGACUCAUGAAAAUCUUAUGUCCCGGAAGCGUAAGUAGAAAGGAUACUGGGUCUAGUGCAGCUUCUAGUAAACAAGAAACAACUAUCGUAGCUAAUGGUCCAAGCUCUGUCGAAGAGAUUGAUCUAUUGGACACUAAAGAGUAUCCUCUGUUCGACUGGGUUUCGAUAAUUGAUAUGAGAGCAUUGAUUUCCAUGUGCUGUGCUGUGAUAGGGACCAGUGAAUUUCUAAAGCUUGCUCGUCAACUCCCUCAGUUGAAAUCUGCGAUGAACCCUAGUUGUUGGAGUUCGUUGGUAACGCUUAUCGUUCGGGAAAAUGUCACACGACAUCGUUUGGUUAAACAAACUACUAUAUCUGACGUGAUAACAAGACUAGGUUUGGAUGGUAUUCUAACAGUGGAUAGUUCCCCUGUGACGUCCCCUCGUAGGAGUCUAAUGCAUAAUGCACCUGCUCCCAUAUACAGUUGGAUUGUCCAUCCCAAGAAAAUGUGUCUAAUCUGCACGUUACCUCUUCAGCUCGAAAACUAUGCUUUGGAGUACACUGUUAGCUCUUUUAGUUGUGGUCAUUUGUAUCAUACUCAAUGCUUGUCAGGGAAACGGUUUUGUAUUGCUUGCCAUGUAAAAGCUCGAAAAGCUGCUGCUCAAUCUAGAACUGUUAGACUUUAG